GAGAUUAAUAGGAAAUGGAAAUAUACCGGGGGCAAGAGGAGAGGAAUAGAGGUAAGAGAGAGAGAGAGAGAGAGAGAGAGAGAGAGAGAGAGAGAUGAUGAGAACCUCCUCCUCACUCUCAAUCUCUCCGUUACACACUCCGAGUUCCAGAAGAUUAGCGCUCAGGUGGAAGAAUGGGAGCAAAGCUAAGUCGGAGAAAGAGUGAUGGAGCUGGAGCUCCUUCCGAGCAAAAAUGUGAUGAUCUUGAGGCUGAAACCAUGGCUGUAGAAAAAACUCCUCAGGUGGACAUCACACCCAGAGAUUUUACCUCACAGGCUGCUGUGAGUGAAGAACCUAAAGAUGCUCUAGACAAAGACAUGGACACUAUGGAGAACAAGAUGGCAUCUGUGAGCGUGGAGGAUUCAACAGAGUUGGUGGCUGCGGAUUUAGACCCUGAAGCCAAGAAUGACUCACUGACACGUCUUUACCCAGAGGCGUCAACCAAAAUGGAGUUUUCCAUCCCUGAAUCUUCAGCAGAACCUGCCCUCCCCCUGUGGGAACCUUUAACCGCAGGCACCCAGGGUGUCCCAGAAGCUCCUGAGUGUGAUGCAGAAGCUGCAUUUGGAGAUGUUGAAGCUUUGCCAAUGAAGAAUGAAGGUUCUGGUGAGAAAGGAUCUGAGAUUAAGGAGAUGGUGUCUGUGAAUCAGGAGGAUCCAUAGACACCAGAUAAAGCUCUGAACUAAGCUCUCAUUUCUGACCUUCUGGUUGCCCUGGGAGAUGUAGACCAAGUGGCGAACGUGACUGUCAGCACGGUCAAUGAACUUGUUCAACUGUGUGAUUGUGAACUGAAAGAAAACAACUGGUAAAAGGGACAAUAUAAAAAGAGUGAUAGAAGAGGGAUUAAUAAAGAAUAUUAUAGAGGUCAAGGUUUAAAGGUAUAUCUGUUAAAGAAGCUACAGUGAUAUAAGACACAAUGAACACUGGAGCUAAAAGGCAAACUCGAAAUAACCUGUAUUUCUCAAACAUGUAAUCUGCUUAAUAUUCUGACCAGCAAACUAUUGUGGAAAAGUUGAUACUCUAUUAAACUCAGUGGUAUAAAUCA